GUUUUUGAAACCAAAAGAGGAAGUUAUAUUGUUUGGAAAAAAAUAUAUAAUCACCAACUACGUAGACAUUUAAAUUUUAGUUUUCUGUAAAUUUACCAGGAUGUUUCAUACACCAGAUUACUAUCACAAUAUAUCCAUGAGACUGUCUAAGGUCCUGGAUGAUAUUGGAGUAAAUGAAAAUAUUGUGAUGAAGAGGAGGAGGACAAAUUUACUGGAAGAAACUAUAGUGACAAUCACAUGGAGAGCAAAUGGUAUACAAGGUACUGUUUAUAAUUUAGGCUAUCAAUCAGAAGGCACCACAACAAUAGGACUGAAAUCAGAUACUGACACACUUGGCUGUCUGGAUGAUAGCAUUGUGAUACAGGACUGGUCUGAGUGGCCUCCAAGUAAACGUAACUUCCUGAUGAUCCAGAAUGAAACAACACCACCUGGUUAUUGUCUUCUACAGCUACUUAGAAGUGAUGCUCCACUUCCUAUUACAGAUGAAACAGAUAAUGACUUUGUAAAAGAUAUGCAUGGACGGAUCUUGUUCAAGAACACAAUACUUGAUACUGUAUUGCCAGAAGGACAUCAGAGACAAGGACCAUCAGCAGCAUCAGCUGCAAAACCAGGUUUUUAUGCAAGUGACAUUGUAAUAGCAUAUCCUUGUAAAUCAUGGCCCCAGUCAACAAGAGCUUGGCUGCACCAGCAAGAAACAAAUACAUGGCCAACAGCAGAAAUGAAGAGAUAUGCAAAAUCAACAAGGUGUUUUGUUGUUGGUGUUGGCAGCAGAGCAAGUGAAAAUGCAGCCUUUGAAUGGAGACUUUCAACCUCAUUAGCUGAACGCUGCUUGAUGUUCAAUUUAAAUAUUACUCAGAUAAAAUGUUAUAUCUUAAUGAAAAUGAUUCUUAAAACAUACAUUAAUAUUGAAAAUCUUGACAAUGAAAGUUACAUUUCCAGUUUCAUGUGUAAAACUAUUUUAUUUCACUGUAUAGCAAGUAAACCUUCAUGUGUAUGGAAGGAGUGUAAUAUAAUAAACUGUUUAAAUUACUGUCUAUUUACACUGAACAAUUGUUUAUUGAAUGAACAUUGUCCCCAUUUCAUUGUUCAUGAAAACAAUUUAAUGGCAAGUAAAUUUUCUGCUGAAGUCAAACAGCAGUUACUUGAAAGAAUGUCAAUUUUGAUACCAUUUGAUGGCAUUUCACUUUUUGGAAUUCAGAUUGACAACCUUGGUGAAAGACUUCAGAUUAAGCUCAAUAUGAUAAAUGAAGUACGUCAUGAUAUACCACAGCCAGACAAGUGCACAAUGGAUGUAACGCGUGUUUUAUUAAAAAAUAUAGCUCAAACUGUUUUUAACAUAGAAAUGAUAGGAGAUGGAAGUUUAGAAACACUAUUGCAAAAAGUGAUACAACUAAAAAGAUACUACAGAGCUGGUGACAUGUUAGAAAAGACGGCAUGCAGACUUCAAUUACCUCUACUUUGUACCUCAAUAGGAUCUCGGAUAGCCUCACAGAACAUUCAAAUGAACAACACAGUUUCUCCUCAAGCACUUACAUGGAUUGAAGCUGGACUGGACUCAGAUGUUGCUUCAAGUAGACUAAAACUUGCCUCUAUAAUGUACUGUGUAGGCAAUGCAGAAAUAGCUGCUUUAAUUCUUUCUCAUAUAGAAGAACAAUAUAAAACUGAAGUUACUGAGCCUAUGUGUGUCUGCUACGAGUUUUAUAGACAUUACUUAAAAACAGGAUUUGGUCGACUUUCUAGUCAAUAUGGUGUAGAGGCUUUAAAAUAUAUUGUUGCAUUUUGUGUAAAAUUUUUCACUUCGGAAAUAAACUGUGUACCACAUGAACUUCAGUAUGAAAUGUUUAGGUCAACACAAGAGGACCUGCUACAUAGAGGUGAAGAUGAUGACUGGAUGGACUGUGCUGUAGUAGACUCACUUCCAUACCUUUACUUUCUACAAUACAAGACAUACAGUUUCCUACAGAGACCCGAGGAACAGCAACAAGCACUGAACAAACUUGGGUGGGUCAUUAGAACAGAGCCCAACCUUGGACACAGAGAAACAGCACUGAAUUUACUGGGACAGUGCAUGGAACAGGAGAACAGGCCUGUUGGUGCUCUACAAAGUUACAUGUCAUCUUUAAACCUCAGAGAAAGAAACAAUGCUGCUAGAUUUCAUAUCUGCAGGUGUUUGGCUAAUAUAAACUCAUAAAGAUCUACCUACUUGAACUGACUGGCAUGUCUGAUUUCUAACUGGCACAAUGACAACAAGGAACUGCUUUCAAUUAACGCUUGAUGCCCCCAGUGGCAUCCUUGUCGAUAGAUUUUGCACCCAAGUCCAAAACGAGGUCAAGGUCAAACUAAGGUCAGGUGAUGUUUGAAGAUAAGGAAUGGUCACAGGUUACAUCUGUAUUAGUAUCAAUUUAUUCUUGUAAGGGGUACUGAUGCUAGAUGAAAGGGUCCCAUUUGGUUAACCAAGCAGUGGCCCAUAUAAAGCAACCUUGGUCCAAAAUGAGGUCACGGUCAAGGUCAAACUGAGGUCAGAUAAUGUCGAAGAUGAGGAAUGGACACAGGUUACAUCUGCAUUAGUAUCAAGUCAUUCUAGUAAGGGGUAUUGAUGCUAGACGAAAUGGUCCAAUUUGGUUAACCUCGGAUGCAUGUCCAUACGAUUCAUGUAUUAGGUGGUCAUUCCAUUGUUUGAAAAGAAUAGAAUGACCACUUAAGGAACAAAAGAAUUAAGUGGUUAUGGAAUAAAUACAAAGGAUUUCUAUUGCCCUAGGCCACACCUACCACCUAAGGUACUAACUGUGUGCUCGGACGGACGAACGGACAGACAGGACAGUCGCUAUAUGCCUCCCACAUCAGUAGAUGCUGGGGGUAUAAAAAUACUUAACAUUUUAACGAGAGUUUGAAGAACACAAAAUGCUCCCCCCACCCACCCCCAAACCCCACGUCCCCCCUUGAUGCAUUCAGUAAUUGCAUGACAAACAGAAUUUUUUUUGGUCACUUUGCACCUUGACCUUUGACCUACUGACCUCAAAGUCAAUAGGGGUCUUCUGCUGGUUAUGAUAAACAUUCAUAUUAAAUUUCGUGAUCCUAGGCCCAAGCAUUCUCAAGUUAUCGUCUGGACACAUUUAAGCUGUUCCAGGUCACUGUGACCUUGACAUUUGACCUACUGAUCUCAAAAUUAAUAGGGGUCAUCUACUGGUCAUUAUCAACCUCCAAACCUCCAAUUAAGUUUCUUAAUUCUAGACCAAAGCAUUCUCAAGUUUUCGUCCGAAAACAAUUUUACUGUUCCAGGUCCCUGUGUCCUUGAACUUUGGCCUUCUGACCACAAAAUCAAUAGGGGUUAUCUGCUUGUCAUGAUCAACUUCCCUAUCAGAUUUUGUGAUCCUAGGAUCAAGCGUUCUUGAGUUAUCAUCAAGAAACUGUUAAACUGUGCUUGGUCACUGUGACCUUUGACCUACUGACCUCAAAAUCAAUAGGGGUCAUCUGCUGGUCAUGACCAACCUCCAAAUCACCUUUCAUGAUCCUAGGCCCAAGCGCUCCUGAGUUAUUAUCUGGAAACUGUUUAACUGUUCUGGGUCACUGUGACCUUGACCUUUGACAUACUAAUCUCAAAAUCAAUAGAGGUCAUCUGCUGGUUAUGACCAACCAUCCUACCAACUUUCAUGAUCCUAAGCUCAAGCGUUCUUGAGUUAUCAUCCAGAAACGUAUUGGUCUACAUACCAACUGACAGAUCGACCAACAUCUGCAAAACAAAAUACCACUACUUCUUCGAAGGGGGCAUAAAAUGUUGUUAUUCUUGUUAUGAGACCGUGAGCUUGUUAUGAGCCAAGGACCCCGUUGGAAAUAAGUUGAAAAGCUUUAUUGGUUAUCCUUUGGUAUAGAAAUGUCUCUAAAUUAUAUAUGUUAAGAAGGGUUGGUUGAUAUUUUUGUUGUUGUUGUUUUUUUUUUUUUUAAAUCAGUUAGAGAUAUAACAUGUAGCUAUUUCUGUGAUACAAUUUGAAUGUUUGCUUGUAUUGGAGUUGUUCUUAAUGUGAUAUUUGUAAUGUUUGUAAUCGUGACAUAUAUAUUCACGAAUAAAUUUAUCUACCUAUAUUAUCUACACUUAUCAGGAAUAGUUCUCAAUGACAGUGAAUAUCAGUAAAACAUUGUCACCUAUUUUACCCAACCUACAGAAAAGGUUAUCAUACUUGCAAUAGGCACAUCAAAAUUUCACAAAUACUGUGUACAUAAUUAUCUAAUUUGAGAUAAAAAUUAUUAUACUUUAACAAGAGGGUCAUGAACACCCUGUAUCGCUCACCUGACCUAUUGACCUAAAGAUCAACAGGUUUAACAUUCUGACCAAGUUUCAUUAAAAUAUGGUCAUAAAUGUGGCCUCUAGAUUGUAAACUAGCUUUUCCUCUGAUUUGACCUGGUGACCUAGUUUUUGACCCGACAUGACCCAGAU